CAGGUCGCGGUGCCGUUAUAGGUACCGAUUGACCUACAUGAAGCUAGGCGCAGAUAUCUUGUGUCCAGACUGUGUCCAAGAUCACGAUGGGAUGUUGAGAUGGGCUGACGGUGCCAGUAGCCGCGUCUGUAGAGCGCUCCCGUUUCCCGUCUAGCAAGGAUGGGUAUGCGACUCUAUGUCUGCCUAGACACACACACACCAAUGCAUGCAGUCUGUUAGGUGUGUUAAUGUAGCGUAGCGGAGGUAAGGCAGUUCUCGAUGUAAUGCGGGCUCCGCUCCUUGGGUUGGUUGGUGGUGGUGGUGAUCGACUGCUGGGUUCACAUCUUGGGUCUUGUCUUGGAAUGUCUCAGGCAGAGGGGAUUCCAUUGGCUCGGUGGCUGUUACCGGUAAGGGCCGACGUUGCACCGUCACAUUAUAUAGGGGCGAAUAAGACGGACGGGUUGUGGGAGGGUUGGGGGGCUCUCUUCUGGACCCGACCCUUCACUCUGCCCUCACCAACGCCUGUUGCGUACUGUUGUAUGGCGCAUCUGCAUCUGCAUCUGCAUCAUCUCUCUCUCCAACCAACAGACGACUUGGACCAACAGGACAACCACGAGCAUAUAUGGAUGGAACUGGGAGCUGGGAUUGGGGGUUUGGAACAAGCAUCAUGCUUCGGCUACCACUGCACCAUCUACCCGACUACCACCACUGCCACCACUAUCACCACUAUCUACCAACGUACCUUAGGUAUAUCUACGUAGUAGUAGCAGGAGGAGGGAGGUUAGUAAGUAUGCAAGGCAGAAGAUUGGUACUACCUAUGAAUAUGUAAGGAGGGAGAGAGAAGACGUACAUAGGUUGGUGUAAUGAUACCAUGAUACUAACACACUAAGUUCCCGUUUUAACAAGACAUAUACCACCAUCAUUCUUAGGUAUUACAUGA